UAUAUAAGGCAUUGCCUUGUUGCGCGGUGAAAGCGGUAAAAGUAGAUUACCGAGUGGAGAUUUGUGCGUGUGUGUGAAUGAGAAGAAUUGAAUGUUGAACGCGAAUUCGGCUUGAGAGCAGAGUCAUUUCCCCAAACUUGCCCCAAGCACCUACAGCACCACCCCAGCUUUGAUGUGAUUUCGCGCACAGACGGACUUGUGCCCAAUAUUGACUCUCAGAAAAGAAAGAGGCUCCGAUUCCAAUUCCAAUGUAAUUCCCUUUCUUGAUUAUCAUCCAAUCUUGAAAUAUUCUAGAUUUUCAUAACACAAUGUCUUUCAAAGCUGUCGUCGUUGGUGCUGCCGGUGGUAUCGGUCAACCUCUAUCUCUUUUACUCAAACAAUCCACUUUAGUCAAAGAAUUGGCUCUUUACGAUGUCGUAAACGCUCCAGGUGUUGCUGCUGAUAUCUCUCACAUCAACACUCCUUCAAUCGUAAAGGGAUAUUUGCCAAAAGAUGAUGGUUUACAACACGCUCUCAAAGAUGCAGAUAUCGUUGUCAUUCCUGCCGGUGUUCCACGUAAGCCAGGUAUGACCCGUGAUGACCUUUUCAACAUUAACGCAAGCAUCGUUCGUGAUAUCUCUGUCGGAAUUGCUGCUCAUGCACCAAAGGCAUUCGUUUUGGUCAUCUCUAACCCUGUCAACUCUACCGUUCCAAUUGUUGCUGAAGUUUUGAAGAAGAAGGGUGUCUUUGACCCUAAGCGCUUGUUCGGUGUUACAACUUUGGACGUCGUUCGUGCUUCCACUUUCGUGUCCGAAGCUGCAGGCAAGCCAACCGAAUCUCUUGAAUACCGUAUCCCAGUCGUUGGUGGUCACUCUGGUGAAACAAUCGUUCCAAUUUUGAGCCAAACUCAACCUUCUUCCAACUUUGAUCAAUCCACUUUGGAAGGUUUGGUUAAGCGUAUCCAAUUCGGAGGUGAUGAAGUCGUCAAGGCAAAGGAUGGUGCUGGUUCAGCCACUUUGAGUAUGGCUUUCGCUGGUGCUCGUUUCGCAACCGCCGUUUUGGAAGCUGCAAGCGGAAAAUCUUCCCAACAACCCGAAUACACAUACGUUCACCUUUCAGCCGAUGCUGGCGGUAAGGAGAUCGAAUCUUCUUUGCCAGGCAAGGCUGAGUACUUCAGUGUACCUGUCCUUUUGGGCAAGAACGGUGUCGAGAAGAUCUUGCCAAUCGGUAACACAACCGAUUACGAGAAGAAACUCCUCGAAACCGCUGUUAGUCAGUUGAACGGAAACAUCUCAAAGGGUGUCUCUUUCGUUGAAAGCUCCAAACUCUAGAUGUAAUGCAGAUGAAACAUGAUGAUUUACUUCAAUGAAAUUGCUU